AUGGAGACCUCACCUUUAAAGAAACCAGAGACAUCAACUUUGAAGAAACCAAGAAAAGAAGCCUUGAGUCCUAUUCGAAAAAAACAGACUCUUAGACAGUAUUUCAUGAAACAUCCAAACAUAAUGGAAUCCCCAGAAGCACAAAGGAAAUGCAAAGAAGAGGUGCAAAAAGUAGCUCGCCACACCUUAGUGGUACUGCUGAAACCAAUUGUGAGUAAUUACUUAAACCGAAAGAAGUUUCAUCAAAUGUGUCUUGAAGAGAUGCCCUGGAGGUCUCAGAUGAAUAUUUAUCUGGCAGUUGCACACUACAACUUAUUUAAAAAGAAACUGGAAGAGCAAUAUAACAUUGGAAUUUGUGGUUCACAGCAUCUGGACAGUUACAGUAUUUUGGAUCCUGAAAUAUUCUCAUUAAAUAAUUCCGGCACUGUAGUGGUGACAGAAGUUGUAGAGGAUAACAUGAGAACACCAACUCCUUCUCUUCCUAAAAAGUCAGGAAUGACCAAAAAACAAACUUGUACAGAUAAAUCUUCUGAGCGCAGCAUUAAACUGAGUGGAACAGAUACUCCUCGAACUCAAACAACAAAUGAUACAGAAAUAUCCAUCUCUCAUUCCCCCAAAGAACGCAACCAGUUUCUGUCAAAUACCAUUUUACUGGAGCAUUUUACAAAGAUCUUUUUGCAUUUAAGAAGAGCAGUAGUUCUUGCUCACCGUGGUGGCCACUGGACGUUGCUUCAAAACGCUUGUCGAGAACUUUGGAACUAUACUCAAGAAUUACAAUUGAUUGUUAACCAUUCACAUUCCCAUACGGAUGCAUUUCCCAUUACCAGGGGUUUUCUUAGGAACACCAUCUGGUUGCCAUUUUAUUUGGCAACAGACAUGAUCAUUGAUAUGAUAACUGAACUACAAGCAAGCAGGUCUCUUAAGAUUGUGGAUCCUGAAGGAGACUUCUGCAUUCCCAGUUGUUUAGGAGGUAUUAUGGAUGAGAAUGGUGGUUCUAAUCUCCAUCCACAGUCUCCCCUGGAUGACGUGAAUGUGGUUGACUUGAAAUGGACAUGUAAUCUGAUUCUUAAAACAAUAGAAUUGUUAUAUCAGAUGAAGAAGUGGGAAGCACUGGUACACAUAGCUGUACAAUUUAACAUAUUUACACAAGCUGCUUUUAAAUAUUGGUGUCAAGCCCUUGAUGAAACACUCAACAUUGCUGAUGCUCUUAACAACUGGCAAGAGUUAGGUUUUCCAAAAAAUGCUACAGACUGCUGUGCAGUUGGAAGAUCGACUGAUAUUAGUCAGAAAUUUCUUUCUCAGGCUGGAGUUUGGGGAUGUUUGCAUGCAGCAGUCUUAGUGGCUAAGAUAGCUCAGUAUAUAACAACAUCAAAUAUGAGAUUAAGAACUAAAUACUGCUAUUUUUCUGCUGUACUUUUUAAGACCCUGUUUGGAGCUUCUCUUCCACAUCCGACAUCUGACUGUGACUUUGCACAGUAUGAAACAAAUAUGCUUAUUCCUGGUAUCGACUUGUUCUCUGACCGCUACAGAGCUGAUAUCUCUACUGUAGUGGCAAGUCUGAAUUUCCUAAUGUUUGAACUACAUUGUGCAAAACAAAAUUUAAUAAUUUUACCAUUGUUCACAUUAUACCAAUACAUUGUUUCUGAGAUUUGUAAGGACCCAGCUAAAUGUAUUGAAGGAAGAAUCUUCAAGAUUAAAGUACUUACAGAUAUAGGAUUUUUCACAGAGGCCUUUCAUGAACUGUCUUUGCUUAACUGUGGAGAGAGAAUUCCAUGGAAAAUACCUGCAGGAUACAGAAAAAUUGAACAAAUGAAGGCCUUACGGAAAUUUGACUCCUCAAAAUCUCUCCUGACUGUUACAAAUUUACAGGUACUGGAAGACCUAUUUAAUUGGAGUCUGUCUUUAACAAUGAUGCCACUGUGCAAGCAACAAAUUAUGAAUAAAUUAACCUUAGCCAAAAUGCAUUUAAUCAUUUGCCUUUCUGCCACAAUAAAUAAUAUACCUGAAAAAGUGGAAAAACACGUCUAUUCUGUUGAGAACAACAGCUUGAAGGAGCCAAGCAGAAUUACAGCAUCAAACGUAAAAGCUGAUGCUGAUAAGAAUUCAAGACAACAGGAACAAAGAGGCACAAUGGUGCAGCUCGUUGACUGUAAAGAUGAAUUAAAUAUGGCCAUGCUGAAGGGGAUUUUAUUGGCAGAAGCUGAAGAAAGUCUUAGCCUUCUUGCACAGAACUUACAGGACAAAUAUGACGGGGAGAUAUCUCGGUGUUCUGCUGAAGAUUUAGAAGCUCUUAUUGAGGCCAAAAUUCAGCUUGCUGCUAUUUCUCAGCAAAGGCAUCAAGCAGCUUUCAGUGUUGCUUUGGUGUUCUCUGCAAUUCGACUUCUCCAAGAUGCAAAAAUUUUUAGGAUGGAAGUGACACAUUUUCAAGAAGAAAAGGAUGAAAGGGAGUGUUCGGAUGCUUAUGUUGAAGAUGUUCGACUGCCUCACAGUAUAACAGCACAAGAGCAUAUGAGCAUACAUCUAUGGCUAAGAUGCCGUACAAUGUUAGUGACUGCACUAGUAACACAGAUACAUGGCGUUGGUGAUAUGGAAGAAAAUGAUGUGGCUGAACGCAGAAGUGUGAUAAAAGAAGUAAUACUAGAGGCAGAAGCCUUUGGUGAUAUUGAGACUCAGGCUGAAAUGAUGGUGCAAGCUGCUAUUCUUGACCUGCAAGAAAAACGUCCCGUGGCAGGCAUUAAACUUCUUUUGCAGAUUUUUGUUUGUGGAGAACCCAUUGAAUGGCACACAGAAGACAGUACCUUGACUUUCCUGGUCCUACCUACAAAAAAUAUCUACUUGCCACAUAUCAACUUGCUAGCCCAAGUCAAAAUGAGAAUCGGACACACAUUAGCUGAAAAAGUAGCUUGUACACCUGCAAGAGGAGAUCCACUGCAAUGGCUACAUGCUCUCAAACAUUUAGAAUCAGCAUUGAAGCUUUGCAGAGCAUCUGCAACAAAAAAAUUAGAUAUGGAAGCUGAACUUCUUUUUCAGAUAGGUAAGGUAGAACGUCAGAUAACUGAAGCAGGCAAUAACAAAUCAUCUCGAGCUGUUGAAACCCUGUUGGAAGCUAUAAAACUCAGCCAGCAACAUGACCAAAAAUUUGAGUUAAUAAGAAGAUCAUACCUUGAAAUAGCACUUUUAUACUUGCAUUUUGCCACAAAUAAUGAAGAAGUGUCACAGACAGAUAAGAUGGUGCCUUCCAAAUCAAACAUCUCUUCUGGAGAACUCUCUUCUUCUUCUGAGGAAGCUCUGAAAUCAGAAGGCUACAAAGUACAAGCCUGGAUUGCAGUAAGAGCAGCUACACAGGUCAGUGAAGCUGUGCUUGCUUCUCAGCUAUUAAUUGGAAUGAAGAGUGUUAAAGAACAGAGCAUAAAGGAUGCAGUGCAACAGAAAAUCCCAGAAUUUGCUUCCAUGGAUCUUCUUGCUUCGUACAGAGAUUUCUUAUCUGGUAUUCCUUUAUACCUAAUGUCUCUUGAAAUUACUGGAAUUACACCAAAGAUGUCAUGCGUGAGAAUAUCUUCUCCAUUUCCUGUCAUCGCAGAAGCAGACAGUCAGACAGAGAGUAGGGCAGCAAAUGCUUCAAAUAAGGAAAUUAACAUUCAGUGGUACAUUCCUUCUCUGGCAAAGCCAUCAAACUAUACAGAGACUAAGGUUUUGCUGCUUUAUGCUUAUAAUACAAAGCCUGUCAAGGUUAGCAACAUCAAGAUUUUCAGUUCAAUGUCUGUGUUUUCAGGCCACUUAUGGAUUCCGUUGGCUAGAAUUAUGUCUUUACGGGAGAAAUUAUCUAAUCUGAAGCAGCAAGCUGAAAUGUUGAUGCAAAGUUCUAAAAGCUUGUCUUCAGCUUCCGAACCUACAAGUUUUCUUGAACAAAGUGAAACCUUGAAAAUAAUUCCUUCAAAAAAACCCCAAAUGAAUGUUGCAAAAGUGCAUCUUGAUGAAAAAACAGAAGAUGUCCGAGUGAAGGACAAGGAUGGGGCCAGCUGCGCUGGAUGCUCUUUACUCAGUACUGAAAAUCCAGCCCUGCCUCCAAGUUUACAAUUUAAACCGCGGCAGAUCCCGGACCUGGUGUCACUCAAACCUAUUGCGGAGAGCAGGAUUUACUGCUUAGCAUGUGGCUGGCUCCAGCUUCCUUCAGCAGUUUCCACGGCGUGGCUCCGCGACCCGUCACCACCCCGAAACCAGCCCGGCUCCCCACAGGCCCCAACGGGGCGGCUCCUCCGCCUGGGCCCG